AUGACCAAAGUUACGCCCCAAAUGCUGAGCGCGCGCGCUUCGUCGCUCUCCCUUCGCCAGCAGGCGCUGUCGUCAUCCACCACCCUGAACAACACUGCGACCUCGAGCCCUGAGCUCAGACAACGAUCAAAGAACUUUGUGCUCGCUGACAUGGAGGGUCGCGACACGAGAGACAACAGAGCCUGCUCGUCCUGCAUCGCCAAGCUGGCCCCUGGCGAAGUCGGUCAGGUCAACUGGCAUCUUGCUGAGGAUCAGGUCUGUCGGCUGUGCCAGAUUGCUGAGAUCCGACCGGAGGCUUUCACCAAGCCCUUUUGCGACUUCCUUCAGGAGAACCCUACAAUCUUUCACACCGUAGAUUACUUUGAGGGGAAGCUCAAGCAGCUUGGUUUCACGCAACUCUCGUCGCGCGACUCCUGGGCCGAUAAGGUGCAACCUGGUGGCAAGUACUGGGUUACCCGAAAUGGUAGCUCUCUUAUCGCCUUUACUGUCGGCAAAGCGUACCAACCCGGCAAUGGUGUCGCCAUGAUUGGCGGCCACAUCGACGCCCUCACCGCAAAGCUCAAGCCCGUGAGCACGAAGCCCGUCAAGGCCGGAUAUGUCCAGCUUGGUGUCGCGCCGUAUGCUGGAGCCCUCAACCAGACUUGGUGGGACCGAGAUUUGAGCAUUGGUGGCAGGGUCAUUGUGCGAGAUGAGGAGACGGGCAAGACUAGCACAAGACUCGUCAAGCUGGACUGGCCCAUCGCCAAGGUUCCCACUCUUGCGCCUCACUUUGGUGUUGGCAUGAUGGGCCAGAACAAUGCCGAGACCCAGGCUGUGCCCAUCAUUGGUCUUGAGAGCUCCCAGCGUGCCUCGACCGAGGCCCUCGGACCUGCUGGUUCCUUUGUCAACACUCAGCCUCCCCGACUGGUUGAGUUGAUUGCUAAGCAGCUCAGGAUCCAGUCCUACAGCUCCAUUGUUAACUGGGAGCUGGAGCUGUACGACUCGCAGCCUGCGCAGACUGGCGGUCUGGACAGGGAGUUCAUCUUUGCUGGUCGCAUUGACGACAAGCUUUGCUCAUGGGCUGCUCUUACUGGCCUUCUUGCUGCCAGUGAGAACAACGACGAGGGUCACAUCAAGCUCGUUGCGCUCUUUGACGAUGAGGAGAUUGGCUCUCUUCUCCGCCAGGGUGCUCGAGGUAACUUCCUCCCUAACGUCGUUGAGCGCGCUGUCGAGGCCCUCAACCCUGGCACUUACGGUCCUAGCCUCAUCGGCCAGACCUAUGCCAAGUCUUUCCUCCUGUCUGCCGACGUAACUCACGCCGGCAACCCCAACUUCCUCGAGAAGUACCUCUCUGAGCACGUCCCCGAGCUCAACGUCGGCAUCGUCAUUUGCGGUGACAGCAAUGGCCACAUGACCACCGACGCCGUGUCCACCGCCAUCCUCCAGCGUGUUGGUCAGCUCGCCGACUGCCGCACCCAGACUUUCCAGAUCCGCAACGACUCUCGCAGCGGUGGCACCAUCGGACCUGCUCUGUCCAGCAUGAUGGGUGUCCGGGCCGCUGAUGCUGGUCUUCCCCAGCUGAGCAUGCACUCUGUCCGUGCCACCACCGGAUCGCUGGACCCUGGUCUGGGUGUCAAGUUCUUCAAGGGUUUCUUGGAUAACUGGGAGAAGAUCGAUGGCGAGUGGAACUAG